AAAAAAUAAACAUUUGCCUUCCUUUCCUGUCUAGGCCCGGCAGAAUGGCUCCCGCAAAGAAGGGCGGCAAGAAGAAGAAGGGCCGCUCUGCCAUCAACGAGGUGGUGACGCGGGAGUACACCAUCAACAUCCACAAGCGCAUCCACGGCGUGGGCGUGGGCUUUAAGAAACGUGCUCCUCAGGCACUCAAAGAGAUCCGGAAAUUUGCCUUGAAAGAGAUGGGCACUCCAGAUGUGCGCGUUGACAUCAGGCUCAACAAAGCUGUCUGGGCCAAAGGAAUAAGGAAUGUCCCCUACCGCAUCCGGGUACGGUUGUCCAGAAAACGCAAUGAGGAUGAAGAUUCACCAAACAAGCUGUAUACACUGGUUACCUAUGUACCUGUCACCACUUUCAAAAAUCUAUAGACAGUCAAUGUGGAUGAGAACUAAAUACUAAUUGUCAAAUAAAGUUACAAAACCAAAAAAAAAAAAAAAAAAAACAUUUAAGG